AUCUAGGAUUCCAUUUCAUAUAAUAUAGGUCUCUGUAGAGACAUUUCAAUAUGUACUUUUUGUUUUUUGCUUUUAUUCUAACAUUUAAGUUUUGCGGUUUUCAUAAAUAGAUUAUGUGCUAGAUGGCUAGUUCCGGAGCAGGCAUUCUGUAUGCAAGUAACGUGUUCUUCUAUCUUUGAAGUUUAACAAUUGUUCCUUAAAAUCCUCUGAAAUCUGUAAGACUGAAACUUGUGAACUUGUUCCCCUUUUUCUAAACAUGUAAGGAGGAGGAGAUUUCUGUAUCUCUCUGUAUGUGUGUAUAAAAACUCUGUCGAAAAAUAUAGCAAUUUGCAAUCAUCGAUACAGCAUAAGUGUCUGUGUCAUCAUUGUCCCGCUAGCGAGAGGGAGUGUCCCACCUGUCCAAGGUCCAGCCUAGGCAACAGGAUCAGAACCGAACCUAACAGAACUGGUACCAGGAAGCAGGGUACUGAUUGACCAGGUAAGGCCACACUUAUUCUCGAAUUUUACAUUUGGGUGUUUUUGUGUUCUUUGCCUGGCUCAGUAGAACCUCGGAUAAUUUUAAUUUUUAGUUUUAAAAUUCUGUUGUGCGCAUUGCAGAGGUUGCGGUUAUAAAGGAUAGGGAGAGUCCGACGGAGUGUCUGACUAUAAACUAACAGAGUCGACGGGUUUGUCUGACUAUAAACUAUUGUAAGAAUAUUUCAGGGUAGCAGCAGAUUGCUCCCUGAAGAAGGACGGACAGAGUGGAGCCCCAAGUACAAAAGAGCUCAUUUCUUGUUUUGUAUUGUCUGAAAUUGAUGUGAUUUAAUCUGUUGCAACCUUUUGAAUAAUAUAGAACAUACUGUAUUGUAUAAUAUAAGAUUGUUGUUGUUAAAAAAAAAACAGUGAUUACAUGUCAUACUCUGUGCCAAAGACCUCCUGUAUUGAGUGCAAAACAGGUUUAACUUUCUUGGCAGACGGGUCAAAGUUAUCCCUAAUCUCUGUAUGGCCAAGAGAACAUAGAAGUCCAACUCAAUUAGGCAACAGGAGAUUUUACCCGUUUAAUAAAAAAAAACAGUCUCCCUGCACUAGAGUGCAUCGAGUGAAUAUACACAAUCAGAUACCGUUCACCCCACAGGAAGGUCUUAGAGAAGGCCUGUCCCCGGACGAAGUGAAGGAGAUUGUGCAAAGGACAGGACAAACUUUAGUUGUCUGUCCCUUUUCUUUACCAGUGUCCCAAAUAUUUUAAAGGAGGACUUGAAAUACAGAGUACCGACAUGGGUAAUAAAUUUGGGAAGGAAGAUUCAGAAGGUAAGCUGAAGCAACCCUCCCCUAUAGAGUUUGUUAAGAGUGAAAUACCAAUUGUAUAUUGUGAUCCUUUUUGGGACUUGAUAAUGAAACGAAGCCACCAGUUGCAUAUGUCAGGAUAUAGUCCCGUGGGCCCCACUAACAGACAGCAAUGGUAUGAGGUAGAGAAAAUGUGUGGAAUAGGAAAGAACAUAUAUCCACCAGGGGACUGGGAUACGGAGUAUAUGAAAAAAUGUUUUAAGAAGUGGAGGCCUUUAGUGGAAAAAUAUGAAAAGAAAUAUGCGGAGUUGGACCAAGGUACUGCCCUUACUAGGGAAGUUCCUCCACCUUAUACCAGGCGCCCACCCCCAGUGCCAACCUCGCCAACCCCACCGUCUUAUGUUUUUGUUAAAGAGGAAGCUCCUCGCAGAAAAUUAUACCCCGUUCUUUCAAAUCCUCAAGUUGCAAUCAUGGCUUAUGGCUCAGCAACUGACCAGCAAAAACAACAAUGGGAAGAUAGAGCCAAGGAGGAGGCAGAUAAAAGGGCAUCUGAAGAGGGCAGGAGAAUAAGAGAAGCCCAGAGAAGAGCGGAUAUAAAAAGGGAGUUUGAGGAGUUGCAAAGGGACUUAGACUCAGUUAAUACUCAAACGAGAAUAGCAGACAUGAGAAAUAAGAGAGAUGAAAUAGAAGAAGACGCGAGACGCCUUCGGGAACAGCAGAGGGAAAUAAACUUAAGACAUGAACAGAUGAAUGAACAUAAACAAAGUCUAGAUGCACAGGCCCAAGAGGUGAGGGACUAUGGGGAGCAACUUAACAGGGAAAAAAAGGAGAUUUUGGCACGAAAAAGUGACCUCGACCAAAGAAAACUUGAGUUGGAGAAAAUUGCUAGGGAACAACAGGAGCAGUUGCGUUUAAUAGAAGAGCAGCGGGUGCUUACUGCCCCUCGGACUAGGUUAGCAGCCUCUAAGGCUGCCAAAGCAGCUCAACAGGCUGAAACUAUACGAGAACAGCAACCUGACAGAGAGAGUGGUGAUGAGGAAGAGAUUACUGCCCCAAGUUUGGAGGGAGAAAUGAAACAUAUUGCCAUUACACAAGUAAAAGUCCAAACAGAACCCCAAGUUUCUCCACAACUUCCAGGGACGAGGGUAUUCCCAAUGAUGACCAUAGGCACCAUGGAAGUGUAUGUCCCCUUUACCAUGGGUCAGUUAAAGGAUCUUAGAGAUACCUGUCCUACUCCAAAAAAGGACCCUAGAGGCGCAGCUACUUUCUUGGGUAGAUUCUGUGCUGGUGCGGGAAUGACAAAGGAAGACUUACUGUUAAUCAUACAGAUGAUCGACCCUGACCCUGGCCAGGAUUUUCCUUUUGAUAACACCUACAAAUCUGCUCUUACAACUGAAGGACCGAUAAACCUCCAGGAGUUCUGGAGACUGACUGGCCAUCAUUGGAUGACCAUAUACAAGGGUACUAGUGCACUCACAUCCUUCAUAACAAGCUCUCAAAAGACAGGGGAAGAGUAUUUUGCAUAUGUUAAACGUAUGCAUUUAGCUUGGAAGGAUGCGGGUCUAACAGACCAUACCCUUUUUGUAACCACCACACUUAACGGGGGAAGCCAGAAGAUAGCACAAAUGUUAAAAAUAUUAGACCCUAAAAUUAUGAACAUGACUCCGGAGGCCUUUGUAGAACAUGUAAAGGUUAGGCAUCAAACAGGUCUCUUUGAAGCGAAAGGAGGACUUUUCCCAGCUUUAACGGGAGAGCCCAUGCUGGAGGAAACACCCCUGUUGGCGGCGCAAAUGCCUUACCAACAACAGAAUCAGUACCCUGUUGGCAAUCAGUAUCCUCCACGCUCUGUGCCAUACCCUCGCCAGGGCCCACAAAAUGAUCAAGCAUGUUUCCAUUGUGGUGGCUUUGGCCACUGGAAGGCUAACUGCCCACAAAGGAGACAAAAUUAUAGAGGUAAAAAGGGAAACAGGGGAGCUUAUAGAGGUCAAAACCCUAACUGGAAUGACAAUAGACAGAUAGCCCAGUACCCACAGUGGAACCAACAGGCACAAUCUCAAAACCAACCACAGCAGCUACAAGCUGGUGCCGGGCCUCUUCCCUCUCCCCAAAUACCGGUACAAUGGCCAAACAGACAAAACCCAUAGGGAGGCCCGGAGCGUAUCCC